GCGGCUUUUGAAGAUUAGCGUAGCAAUAUGUCCAACUCUGUGAAUAUAUCCGUGGAGACAACGUGCGAAAAUCAGAUACGUGAGAUUGCCUACGAUGGCACUGAGUUGUAUCAACCGCCGCCAACGCUAUCUGAAAGUUUGGCCAAAUGUGCAGCGCGUAUAGACUUUAGCAAAACAUCUUUAGAGGAUUUGAAAAAAGAGGAGAAAUCAGCUGCUGCUGCCGAGGAGGAUGCCAAGGAUGCAAAUAUAUUUCAGGAAAGUCUCUGGCCCUGGGACGCCGUGCGCAAUAAGCUGAAGGAUGCCUAUACUGAAAUAUGUGUGUUAUCUGAUGUCAUAUCUAUAGCCAAGGACAAACGAUAUUUGGUCUUGGACCCACUGCUGGAGGAUAGCGACGACACCAAGCCCAUUGUGCAGGUGUAUACUCGCAAAAAGGCGAUCUCGCAAGCGGCUCAAGUCCUCUUGAGUGGUGCAGAGCGACUACGCAAUGCGCACAGCGAGCUACGCAAUCCAAAUGUAAAAGAUUUUCACAUUGAACUGCUGCGUCUGCGUCAAAACUGGCGAUUAAAGAAGGUAUCUAACGGCGCUAUUAUAGGCGAUCUGAGCUAUCGCACUGCUGGCUCUAAAUUUGGUAUGAGCGGCACUUUCGAGGUGGCCAAGGCGGAAGAUGUGCUAGACGAAGAAACUACGACAAGCAAUGCUAACUCCUCAGGUGGAAACACACCCAACACGCAAAUAAGCACCAAUAAUGGCAUACAACCCAAUGGCAGCUCCUCACUACGCGUUAUAGUGCCUGCUGAGCUGCAAGGCGUAGCCUACAUUAAGGUUAUAACACAAAAGGAUCAGGAGGAUUUGUGCACAGCUCAGGUCAAUUUAAUGGGACAUGGUCCCAAUAUAACAGCACAGGUGGGCGUUUGGCAAAAGACAUUGGAGUUCGCACAAAAUGUGCUCUUCUGCAAGGAGCUAUUUGCUCAGUUGGCACGCGAAGCGAUACAGCUACAAGCACCAAUUCCACAUGUGGUCAUAGGCAAUCAAAUACGCGCCACAUUGCUGCCCAACAUACAGUUGAUUAUAUCGCUUUGUCACUCGACUAGCUUUGACUCGAAUCAGCCCGCGCCUAUUAAUGAUCAUGAUCACGUGCUGGAGCACUCACUGCAUCAGCUGCUGCGCGAGGUGCACUAUAAGAACUCACAUCAUCCCUUUCCGCAUCCAGCCAGUGCGCCAUUGGGUCCCAGCAAGAAGCGCAUGAUAGCUGGUCCAACAGCAGCAGAUCGUGACUCGCUGCUGGAGAUGACCAAAACUCAAACCAUACUCGAGCAGAUUAUAGCACAGGCACAACAUAUCUUUAUGCGUAAGCGAACACAAUAUGUGCUCGAUACGCUGGCACGCGAUGUCAAGGAUCCACAAAUAGUGUCGCAUUGGAAUGCCAUGAAUAGUCCUACCAUGUCCUGUGUAAAGAUUAACAUUGUAACGCAUGGCUAUGAUGCAUUUGGACGCACUUCGCUGGUUAUACAUGUCAAGGAACGCUCGCUCAAGUGCAUUUGUCGCGAUGGACGCGUCAUGCGUUUGUCCUACGAGCCGCAGGAGCUGCGCGAUUUAAUACUCUGCCAAAUAAAUUCGCAUCAGAUUAGUUGUCUGGUGAGCUUGGCGCGCUGCAUGGCCUGGACUGUGCUUUCAAACAGCAAUCAUUUGGGCAUUGGCAAGGUAGAGCCGCUAGGCAAUGCCAGCUCUUGUUUGUUGGCCUCACCCAACAGUGAUCGCAUGAUUGCGGUGCAAAUACGCUGUGAUCCACAAAUUGAUGUCAAGGUCUAUAUAGCGCGCAGUCCGCGGCAGGAUUUCUUCCCCACGCCCUUGGUGCCGGAGAAAUUCUGGGAAAAUCUAGGCGGCAAUUUCAAAGAGGUGCGCUUUGAUAAAAUUGAAGGCAAAAGUUUUCUUAACAAAAUGGAAUUUCUUAUGGCUUCACUUACCAGCAAUACAGCCUAGAGCUAAGAGAGCUGCGCAUAUUAAGCAUAUAUUUAUUUAAAUUUAUAUAAAUAUGUUAAGUCAUUUAAGUAAAUU